GUCAAUUUACGCAGCUUGAGCCUCCCUAUAUUUAUGUCCGACUAGGUGUCCGCUGAUUUAGAAGUUUGUUAUUGAAGUGUUAUUAAAUGGUGGCGAUUACAGUCGAGUUAUAGUUUUAAUUAGAGAAGCUUGAUAUCGUAGUGGUUAGCGCGUAAGGACUGCGAUUAUACAGGCUAAGAAACUUUUCCAAAGGUCAAUCAUCGGAUGGGUCAACAAUCUUUUUCGUCUUUUAUACGACAAACAUAGCUAUGAUAAUAAGUCUUGUAGUACUAUUUUGUUAUAAAUACCGCCUCGAAUCUUCUUGAUUUUGACAUUUAUUCUCGGUGUUUGGGAGAUUCGGUGGGUAGUUUGAAGAGUAAACACACGUUUUUAAAGUGGUUUAAAAAUUAAUUACAAAAAUAGUAAUUUAAUAAUAAUCUGUAAAUAUUAUCCAGACAAUGUAAGAAUAAGGUAUGAGUUACCUGCUGUAGUCAUCAUAACAUCACUUUCCUGGAACAUUUAAAAAACUGUUUCAUCGCUUGUCAUUAACUGGCACUAACACUAAUUUGGUUAAUCAUGGAGGACAUUACAGGUACUAGGCUUUGGCGGAAAUGUGUCAGUUGCGUAUGAGCUUGUUUGAAGAUGAACUGAAAAAAAUACCUAUAAAAAGAGUCGAAACAGUCACAACUUUGUUUGCAGUCUUCAGCACAUUUCGUACUUGGAUCAUGGCCUCGCUGCUCUACAAAAGCAGGUGGAUAUAUUGGCAUUGCAGUAUGAUUCUAUGGAGAGGAGGUUAUAGAAGGGAAAUUCUCCUCUUGCAUGGUGUCACAGAGCAACCAAAACGAAGAUUCUCCCAAAGUAGCAGUGGAUAUCGUUCGUCAAGAACUUUUGCCCCAUAUUCAGUUAGAGAAUUUCAGUGAGUUAAAACGUAUGGGAACAACUUCAUCUCUCCGACCACGGCCAAUUUUUAUCAAAUUCAAAAGUCAUCAAGAUUGUGAUGACGCUUGUACUGCUAAGAUUCGAUUGAAGGGGUCUGGUAUAACAGUGUCAGAGUUCCUGACGAAACGCAGCUACAAACUUUUCUUAGAAUGCUGCGAGAGGUUUGGGGUGUACAAUUGUUGGACGCAUGAAGGUCGCAUCAUGGUCUUAUACGCAGAUGCUAAGCGAUACACUAUAACUUGUCGCGCUGACCUGUACAGGAUUGCUACGUCUCAACUAGCAUAA